GACACAGAUAGCUUAGACAACCCACUGGGCUGGGGCAGCAGGGGUAAGCUAAGCAUCCAGGAAACACAUAGUGGAUUCACCACCAAUCGUCUGCCACUUCAACCGGAUCCCUUCCGAAAGAUGAGAGGAGAGCGUAAGAGAAUACACACAUUGAGAGAAGUCUUCCAUGGAGCUUGAUGGGACUUCAGUGAGUUGCCACCAAGGGAUCUUCCUGCAGCAAGUCAUCCUUUGCUGAAACGUCAUGGUAUUAGUAAAUGACUUGGUAAAGAUUACAUUAUUUGGUCAAGAGCUCAAACCCUCCAACUGGUUUUUCAGGACGCAUACUGAAAAAAGACAAGAAAGAUUGAAGGUUUGCUUUCUGACCAUCCCAUUACUCGUUUGACUUGAAUCUCAGGGUUGGUGAGGCUCAAUACAGAAGCAAUGGAUGAAGCCGCAGAGGGUGUUCGGGAGACAAUGGGAAGCGAGGCUCAAGUUGAGUUCAGGGCCACUUUGCAAGCUGCUGUAAGGGAGGUGCACGUGGAUGUAAGUGUUUUCAAGCAGCGCAUAGAACAGAGGAUCGAGGAGCUGCGUAUUUCCAAUGGACCCUUGGUCGAGGCUGUGACCAGGCUGCAGGAGGAGAACCUGCAGCUUAGGUCAAAGCUGGAGGCCCUCAGCCGCCUGGUGGAGGGUCUCGCUGGGAUAAAGAUCGACAGGAGUCCUGCUGAAGUGAAGGGGAGGAACGUGGAGGAUAGUGUAGAGAAUGGACAUUCAGAAGACCAGAAAGGUCUGGUUAACUUUGGAAGAUCAGAAAACAGCCAGUCAAGCCAGUCCACUUCCACAUACUCAGAAAUAUCAGAGUCAAGUGGAGGAUCAAGCCAUGCCGCCGCCGCCGCCGCCGCUGUUGCUGCCGGUCCCAGCAACAACCCAGCCCCUCCUCCCUGGAGAGCAAAGAGACAUGCUGAAAUGAACGGCACUGAUGCAAAAGGAGAGAAAAAUGUUGCCACGACUGCACAAGAGAAUGGGAUCCCAGAAGGCUCCCACCAGCCUCUCACCGCCAUCACGAAACCAAGCACAGAGUCCUCUGCCAUGACUAACUGUCUUCAGCCUACCGUGGAAGCCCCCAACAUGCCUGACCAGGAAGAAUCAGGUCUUCUAACCCUACCCCACCGUCCCCUCACUGCAAUGAUAAGACCCAGCUCUGAAGCUCCAGCUGUCCCUCAGUCUCCUGCCCUAGCGCCCAAAGCAACGAAGGAAACUCCAAUAAAACCAGUAGAGUCUCCUUCUAAAUGUGACGCUGAUGAACCCCAGCCCCAUCUUCCCGUCACUGCCAUGACAACCAAACCCGGUCCGGAGGGUCUGGUUGCCACCAAGCCUGCCCUGUCUCCAGCUUUGGUGCCUAAAGCAGCAGGUCAUUCAACAGCAGAAGCUCCAACAGGUACGUCUGGAACAAAGGUAUCCAAGGAGCAGCCAGGCUCUGUGUCUCAGGGUUUGGUCCAUCAUCCUCUUACAGCUGUGUCCAAAAGCACCCCCGAGACUUUUGCUGCAUCCAAACCUGAUCAGAGUGCUGCUUCUGCACCGAAUCCUCCAAUCCCAGAAUCCCCGAAAACAAAACGAGGCACAUAUCCUUUUAAAAGUGACGCCACUGAACCCAAAGCAUAUUUGCCCCUUCCUGCCAUGAGCAAACCCAACACAGAGUCUUCAUCAUCUGCUAUAACAGCGCCGUCCCCGAGUCUUUCAGCAUCACAGGACUCUAAAGUAAAACCUGGGGAAUAUCCCUUUAAGCGUGUACCAGUUCUCAAGACACCCAGUCCCAGUCUGAAGAGAAGUGUGAGCUUUCCUCAGCCUACAGAAAAAUUACUUCCCUCCAAAUCAAUCAUUAAAUCUGGUUUCUCACCUCAUUUGGAUAAGAAAGGGAACAAGACAGGGGGGGUGGAGUUUAAACAGGAUGUGAUGAAAUCCCAAACGCUGCCACGCUCCAAUGGGGCUCAGGCCAAGCGGGCCCUCUUUGAGAGGAUGAACUCAGAGCCUACAAAACCGAAGGAUUCCAAACCUAAACUGAAGCGCUCUCAGAGUUUUGGCGUGUCCAGUGCCAGUGGUAUAAAACAGAUUCUCCUGGAGUGGUGCCGCUCAAAAACCAUUGGCUAUCAGAACAUUGAUAUCCAGAACUUCUCGUCCAGCUGGAGUGAUGGGAUGGCUUUCUGUGCUCUGGUUCACUCUUUCUUCCCUCUGGACUUUGAUUACAACACGCUGGACCCUGCAAACCGCAAACACAACCUCCAGCUGGCCUUCACCACCGCAGAGGAGCAGGCUGACUGUCUCCGUCUGAUCGAGGUGGAGGACAUGAUGGAGAUGGGGGACAAGCCAGACCCCAUGUGUGUGUUUACAUACGUCCAGUCCCUCUACAACCACCUGAAGAAGUUUGAAUAACUCUGUAUCAGAGUAGAAUACACAGUCUAGAUAUUAUUAAAAACAGUAGUGUGUCAUGAACACUUUGAAUUUGCUUAAAACCGGCCUUUUGACAAGCAAACUGAUAGGAAACCACUGUUGUUCGAAUCAGACGUUAGUGUUUGACAAAUGUUUUUUUUCUCUUUCAAAUUGGUUUUAUACCGUAUGUGUGCAUUCACCAGUUCCACCCAUUUCCUUUAGAAGUUAUAGCGGACUGACGCUGAUUCUUAAAAUGCAGUUUCUUAUGACAUGUAUUGGGAUGUGUGUGGCUCUGAUGUUGCUGUAUUUACGAGAGGAAGGUUGGUUUUUAUCAAAUUCUCAAAAUCAGUAACAAUGCUAUAAUCAAAGAAGGGAAGAUUGCCCACUCACUUUAAAACAUAAUAAUAGUUUGUAAUAGCUGCUGGUGAUCCGUGUUUGGCAACCUGAAAAGAGCCAAAGAGUUGUGAACCAGCGCAGAGAUGCUCCAGUAACAAUGAAUAGGCGUCUUGUUUGAGUCAAGUCUUGCAAUGUGGUGAGCAGAGCAAAGACCAAUAAGGUCAAGAGGUGGAUUGUAGGUGGGAUUCUGUAAGUGGCUGAUGCCAGAGAUAGUAGUUGACACCAACACAAAUUGCAGGUAUUUCUACACUAUUAAACAAUUCAGUAAUUAUAAAGUGUAUGUUAUUCAGUUUGGGCACGAAAACAAAACCCAUGUCAGUGCUAUUCUUAGGUCAAAAGCUAGUAAGUCGAUCUUGAGUUGGGAAUUGUAUAUCAAAGUACAAUUUUCAUGGUCAAGAAUACAACUUCAUGCUCAACAUCUGUAGAGUUACUCCACAGACAUGUAGCUGAAUAUAUUGGAAACUUCUCUCUUGUUAAAUAAUACAAAAUGAGAGAUAUUAACAUGUUAUACAAUAAUGUACUUAAGCCAGCCAUCAACUUUUGAAUGUGAAAACAAAGGGGAUGGUGUGGGAGACUGUUUAUCAUCCAUAACAAACCUAUAACCUGUCAGCUCUUACCCAGGGGUCCACAUUACUGACAUGCUUCUUGAAUGGACAGAUGUAUUAUUUUUUUUUACAUAGUUUUUUUUGGUCCCGAUGGCAAAUAAAAGGUUU